UGGAAGAACGCGGCCCUCUGUAAUGGCGGAGCGUGGCGGGGACGGGGGGGACGGUGAGCGAUUCAACCCGGGGGAGCUCAGGAUGGCUCAACAGCAGGCCUUGAGGUUCCGAGGCCCAGCUCCCCCACCAAAUGCAGUGAUGCGAGGCCCACCACCUCUCAUGCGACCUCCUCCACCUUUUGGUAUGAUGCGAGGCCCUCCUCCACCACCUCGGCCCCCAUUUGGACGUCCUCCUUUUGAUCCUAAUAUGCCACCAAUGCCUCCUCCAGGAGGGAUUCCUCCACCUAUGGGCCCUCCACACCUCCAGAGACCACCUUUCAUGCCUCCACCCAUGGGAACCAUGCCUCCUCCACCGGGUAUGAUGUUUCCACCAGGAAUGCCUCCUGUGACUGCUCCUGGUACUCCAGCACUGCCUCCUACUGAGGAGAUAUGGGUUGAAAAUAAAACUCCAGAUGGGAAGGUUUAUUAUUACAAUGCUCGGACACGUGAAUCUGCAUGGACCAAGCCAGACGGAGUUAAGGUUAUUCAGCAGUCAGAACUGACACCUAUGCUUGCAGCCCAGGCCCAGGUUCAGGCCCAAGCCCAGGCCCAGGCCCAGGCCCAGGCCCAGGCACAGGCACAAGCUCAAGCUCAAGCUCAAGCUCAAGCUCAAGCGCAGGCCCAGGCACAAGCGCAAGCGCAGGCACAGGCACAGGCUCAGGCCCAGGCCCAGGCCCAGGCCCAGGCCCAGGCCCAGGUGCAGGCGCAAGUGCAAGCACAAGCAGUGGGAGCUUCCACCCCUACAACCAGUAGCCCAGCACCUGCGGUAUCCACUUCAACGUCAUCAUCAACCCCAUCCUCUACCACUUCUACCACAACAACUGCCUCUUCAGUUUCGCAGACAGUAUCAAAGUUUCCAGUUUUUCUAAUUGAGGAGGCAAGAAUAAUGCAUGUGAAACAAUUAGAGAAUAGCGUGCAAAGUUAUGCAGCGAAAAUAGAAGAUAUAAGAAUUCAAGAAAACGGAGAGACAACACCCACAACACAAGAUCAGACCCCAAGUUCUGCUGUUUCAGUUGCCACGCCUACAGUUAGUGUUUCAACUCCUGCUCCUACAGCCACACCUGUGCAAACCGUUCCUCAGCCGCACCCCCAGGCGUUACCUCCUGCCGUUCCUCAUUCAGUACCUCAGCCAGCAGCAGCAAUACCUGCUUUUCCACCCGUAAUGGUACCUCCAUUUCGUGUUCCCCUUCCUGGCAUGCCAAUUCCACUUCCAGGUGUAGCAAUGAUGCAAAUAGUCAGCUGCCCGUAUGUAAAGACAGUCGCUACCACCAAGACCGGUGUAUUGCCAGGAAUGGCCCCUCCUAUUGUACCCAUGAUACACCCCCAGGUUGCUAUUGCAGCUUCACCUGCUACCUUAGCUGGAGCAACAGCAGUUUCUGAGUGGACUGAAUAUAAAACAGCAGAUGGGAAGACAUAUUAUUAUAAUAAUAGAACAUUAGAAUCAACCUGGGAAAAACCCCAAGAGCUAAAGGAAAAAGAAAAAUUAGAGGAGAAGAUUAAAGAGCCAAUUAAAGAACCUUCUGAAGAACCUCUGCCAAUGGAGACGGAGGAGGAGGAUCCUAAAGAAGAGCCAAUAAAGGAGAUAAAAGAGGAGCCCAAAGAAGAAGAGAUGACUGAAGAAGAAAAGGCUGCCCAGAAGGCAAAACCAGUGGCUACUACUCCUAUUCCUGGUACUCCAUGGUGUGUUGUUUGGACUGGUGAUGAGAGGGUCUUCUUUUAUAAUCCUACCACCCGUCUUUCUAUGUGGGACCGACCUGAUGAUCUGAUUGGAAGGGCGGAUGUUGACAAAAUUAUUCAGGAGCCCCCUCAUAAAAAAGGAAUGGAAGAAGUGAAGAAACUGAGGCACCCAACCCCAACAAUGCUGUCCAUCCAAAAGUGGCAGUUCUCUAUGAGCGCAAUUAAAGAAGAACAAGAAUUAAUGGAAGAAAUGAAUGAAGAUGAACCUGUUAAAGCCAAAAAACGGAAGAGAGACGAUAAUAAAGACAUUGAUUCAGAGAAAGAAGCUGCCAUGGAAGCUGAAAUUAAAGCUGCCCGAGAAAGGGCCAUUGUCCCUCUGGAGGCCCGAAUGAAGCAGUUCAAGGACAUGCUGCUAGAGAGAGGGGUGUCUGCUUUUUCAACAUGGGAGAAGGAGUUACACAAGAUAGUUUUUGAUCCUCGGUACUUAUUGCUUAAUCCAAAAGAGAGAAAACAGGUAUUUGAUCAGUAUGUAAAGACCAGGGCAGAGGAAGAACGCAGGGAAAAGAAAAACAAAAUAAUGCAAGCCAAGGAAGAUUUCAAAAAAAUGAUGGAAGAAGCAAAAUUUAAUCCAAGAGCUACUUUUAGUGAAUUUGCAGCCAAGCAUGCUAAAGAUUCAAGAUUCAAAGCAAUUGAAAAGAUGAAAGAUCGAGAAGCCUUGUUUAAUGAAUUUGUGGCAGCUGCAAGGAAGAAAGAGAAAGAAGAUUCGAAGACCAGAGGUGAGAAGAUAAAAUCAGAUUUCUUUGAACUAUUAUCUAAUCAUCACUUGGACAGUCAGUCUCGAUGGAGCAAAGUAAAAGACAAAGUAGAAAGUGAUCCACGUUACAAAGCAGUGGAUAGUUCAUCAAUGAGAGAAGACCUUUUCAAACAGUACAUUGAAAAAAUAGCCAAGAAUUUAGACUCAGAAAAAGAAAAGGAGCUUGAAAGGCAAGCCCGCAUUGAGGCAAGCCUUCGAGAACGAGAAAGAGAGGUGCAGAAGGCUCGUUCAGAGCAAACAAAAGAAAUAGAUCGAGAGAGAGAACAGCACAAACGAGAAGAAGCUAUCCAGAAUUUCAAGGCUCUUCUGUCUGAUAUGGUACGUUCUUCAGAUGUGUCCUGGUCUGAUACUCGGAGGACUCUUCGGAAAGAUCACCGCUGGGAAUCUGGAUCCUUGUUGGAAAGAGAAGAGAAAGAGAAGCUUUUUAAUGAACACAUUGAAGCACUUACCAAAAAGAAGAGGGAGCACUUUAGGCAACUUUUGGAUGAAACUUCUGCAAUCACCUUAACAUCCACAUGGAAAGAAGUAAAAAAAAUCAUUAAGGAAGAUCCUCGGUGCAUUAAGUUCUCCUCCAGUGACAGGAAAAAACAAAGAGAGUUUGAAGAAUACAUCAGAGACAAAUACAUCACAGCCAAAGCUGACUUCAGGACGCUUUUGAAAGAGACCAAAUUUAUAACAUAUAGAUCCAAAAAGCUAAUCCAGGAAUCUGAUCAGCACCUGAAAGAUGUAGAAAAAAUUUUGCAGAAUGACAAACGGUAUCUAGUACUAGACUGUGUGCCAGAGGAGAGGCGCAAACUGAUUGUGGCAUAUGUGGAUGACCUGGAUCGCCGGGGUCCACCCCCACCUCCCACAGCAUCAGAGCCCACAAGACGAUCAACAAAAUAAUUCUGAAUACUCUUCCACAGGGGUGUCUGUUAAUUCAAAACGCUUGCAUGAGCCAAUUUUCAGAUUUUUACAUGUAUGUGCAUUAGUCAAACUAUUGCAAAACCAUCUGAUGAACAGAAGGAGAAGCAUCCGUGAACAGUUUCUGAACAGAGAACACUUUGGAAAUAUUUAUGCUUUUCUUUGUGUGGCAUGACUGACUUGCAUACUCAAAUACAGGCUGUCUCUAGUAAAUCUAAAAUCUUGAAGCUAAAAAAUUAUCCUUUUAUGAGGUGUGGAAGUCAGUGACUUUUGGUGACGUUCUUUCUAGCAGUGUUAUAAUACAUGCAAGACGUAAGAGCAUUUGUGGUUUGAACUUGCAAGAUGCAGAUACCACAGACUCCAGAAAAACCUAAGUUGGGGUUUGUUUUGUUUUGAUUUUGUUUUUUAAAGCGGGUAAAAGACAAAACACUGAAAAUUGAAUUCUUAUCUUCCAGAGGCUAAGCUUAUUAUAAUGGACAUACUUUUACCUUUGUCUCUAAAGAACACUUUAGUUUUAUUUGUUCACUUAUGUGCUUUGAUUAUCCCCUUUGAAUUAUAGGCCAAGUCUUGUUGUUUAGCCUAAGAGAAGAUUUAUUUAGUAAUUUCUUCUCAGGUAUGGAACCACGGUCAUAACUAACAUGUUGACCAGACUAGGACUGCUGUUAAACACAUUUUAUUCACCAUUAAGCGAUCUUUAUCAAUAUUCUGGAUUAGACAACAAAUUACCUUUCUUGGGUGUUCCCUGUAAACUGUACUCCUAUUUGAAUGUUAAAUUUUUGUUUCUAAAGUUUAAUUUUAAGAUGUUUGAAUGUUCAGUUUAUGUAUUUGAACUACAAUAAA